GGCAGCCCCCGGGCAGCGUUCGGAGCUUCUGCCCGGGCGGGCGCGCGGCGCGGCGCGGCGGCAGAGGCGGCGGAGCCUGAGCUGGGAUGUAGAGGCGGCGGCGAGAGCAGGCGUCCGAGCAGAGCCAGAAGAGGAGAGCCUCGCCCCCGACAGCCCGGCCCCGCGUCCCAGCCUGUGCCUAGCCAUGCGCGUCGCCUGCUGAGUCCGGGCGCCGCACGCCGAGUCCUCCGCCCGCCGCGCCGCGAGGCGCAGCGCUCCGGGGUGAUUAGUUGCUUUUUGUUGUUUUUUAAUUUGGGCCGCGGGGAGGGGGAGGAGGGGCAGGUGCUGCAGGCUCCCCCCCUCCCCGCCUCGGGCCAGCCGCGGCGGCGCGACUCCGGCUCUGGCCCCGGGCGCGGCGGGCGACUGGAGCGGAGCGCACCGCGGCGGUGCCCAGAGCGGAGCGCCGCUCCCCGCCCCGCCCCUCCCCCUCGGCCUCGCGGCGACCGUGGCGGCUCGGACGACUCGCAGAGCCGAGUACAGACGUUCCCACGCGGACACCUGACCAUGUGCCUGCCCUGAGUGAGCCCCACCAGACGUCUCGAUUGUGGGCAACAGGGCUACACACUCAUCUGUGAGCCCCCAGCAGUUUGCAGGCUCUCCCAGCAGUGGGGUCUGGGCCUCGGCCCCACCAUGUCGAGCCUCGGCGGUGGCUCCCAGGACACCGGUGGCAGUAGCAGUAGCAGCGGCAACAGUAGCACCAAUAGCAGCAGUGGCAGUGGCCCAAAGGCAGGAGGAACAGACAAAAGUACCGCAGUGGCUGCGACUGCACCAACCUCAGUGGCAGAUGAUGCCCCGCCCCCUGAGCGUCGGAACAAGAGUGGCAUCAUCAGUGAACCCCUCAACAAGAGCCUGCGUCGGUCCCGCCCACUCUCCCACUACUCUUCCUUUGGUAGCAGUGGUGGCAGUGGAAGCAUGAUAGGGGGGGAGUCUGCUGACAAGGCAGCCGCAGCUGCAGCCGCAGCCUCCCUAUUGGCCAAUGGUCAUGACCUGGCUGCGGCCAUGGCCAUGGACAAAAGCAACCCUACCUCAAAGCACAAAAGCGGUGCUGUGGCCAGCCUGCUGAGCAAGGCGGAGCGGGCCACGGAGCUGGCAGCCGAGGGACAGCUGACGCUGCAGCAGUUCGCACAAUCCACGGAGAUGCUAAAGCGCGUGGUGCAGGAACACCUGCCCCUGAUGAGCGAGGCAGGUGCUGGCCUGCCUGACAUGGAGGCUGUGGCUGGUGCCGAGGCCCUCAAUGGCCAGUCCGACUUCCCCUAUCUGGGCGCGUUCCCCAUCAACCCAGGCCUCUUCAUCAUGACCCCAGCUGGUGUGUUCCUGGCUGAGAGUGCCCUGCACAUGGCUGGCCUGGCCGAGUACCCCAUGCAGGGAGAGCUGGCUUCCGCCAUCAGCUCAGGCAAGAAGAAGCGGAAACGCUGCGGCAUGUGUGCGCCCUGCCGGCGGCGCAUCAACUGCGAGCAGUGCAGCAGUUGUAGGAACCGAAAGACUGGCCAUCAGAUUUGCAAAUUCAGAAAGUGUGAGGAACUCAAAAAGAAGCCUUCCGCUGCUUUGGAGAAGGUGAUGCUUCCGACGGGAGCCGCCUUCCGGUGGUUUCAGUGACGGCCGGGAACCCAAAGCUGCCCUCUCCGUGCAAUGUCACUGCUCGCGUGGUCUCCGGCAAGGGAUUCGGGCGAAGACAAACGGAUACUCCCGUCUUUAGAACCAAAAAUAUUCUCUCACAGAUUUCAUUCCUGUUUUUAUAUAUAUAUAUUUUUUGUUGUCAUUUUAACAUCUCCACGUCCCUAGUAUAAAAAGAAAAAAUUUAACUGCUUUUUCAGAAGAAGAACAACAAAAGAGGUAAAGCAAAUCUACAAAGUACCGAGACUUCCUGGGCAAAGAACGGACAAUCGGUCUCCUUCCUGUGUCAGUGUCAAUGUUGUCUCUGCAGGAGAUGCCGUUUUUGUGUAGAGAAUGUAAAUUUUCUGUAACCUUUUGCAAUCUAGUUACUAAUAAGCACUACUGUAAUUUAGCACAGUUUAACUCCACUCUUGUUUUAAACUUCCUUUGAUUCUUUCCAACCAUGAAAUAGUGCAUAGUUUGCCUGGAGAAUCCACUCACGUUUAUAAAGAGAAUGUUGAUGGCACCAUGUAGAAGCCCCUCUGUAUCCAUCCACGUGUGCAGAGCUACAGCCAGAGCCCACUGGGACUGGAGUUCCUGUCUCAGGCCCAGCCUUGUUGCACCCACUGUCCCCUGGCUGGGACCCCCUACCCCAACAGUGACAGAUUUUGGAGAGAUGAGGAUUCUAUUCAUUUGUUGAUCCACUAAGAUCUGGGGAGCCCGCAUCUCAAUUCUGGCUACUUCCCCUAGAGAAAACAAGCCCUCUUUUCUCAGCCUUGCUCUCAGCAACAGAAGAAAGGGCUUCUCCGCGGUCCCUCACCUACCUCCCGGUAGGGGUGGGUGCCCAGGGGGCUCCCUACCCGUGGCCAGCUCCCUGCUGAGGGACAUGCUGUUUGUAUUGUUUUAGGAGACCAGGCUGUUUUGUGAAUAAAAUUGAAUGCAUGUUUGUGUCCUGA